GCUGGCGGCGGCCGCCGGGGCCGGGGCGCUGCGGAGCCGCCCGGACGCGCCGCUCCCGCCGCUCCCCCUCAGCCGGCAGGGCCGGGCCCGCCAUGGCCCCCGCCUGGAUCGGCCGCCUGUGCCUCCUGCUGCUCUGCCUCUGCGGGGAGGCCGCCGCGGGGAGAGACUUCUACAAGAUCCUGGGGGUGUCCCGCGGCGCCUCCAUCAAGGACAUCAAGAAGGCCUAUCGCAAACUGGCGCUGCAGCUCCAUCCCGACAGGAACCCCGACGACCCCCGGGCGCAGGAGAAGUUCCAGGACCUGGGCGCUGCCUACGAGGUGCUGUCAGACGAGGAGAAGAGGAAGCAGUACGAUGCCUAUGGAGAGGAGGGCCUGAAGGAUGGGCACCAGAGCUCCCACGGAGACAUCUUCUCCCACUUCUUUGGGGACUUUGGGUUCAUGUUUGGAGGAAACCCUCGCCAGCAGGACAGGAAUAUUCCCCGAGGAAGCGACAUCAUCGUGGACCUGGAGGUCACACUGGAGGAGGUGUAUUCAGGAAACUUUGUAGAAGUUGUCAGGAACAAGCCAGUGGCAAGGCAGGCACCUGGCAAACGGAAAUGCAACUGCAGGCAGGAGAUGAGAACCACCCAGCUGGGGCCUGGGCGCUUCCAGAUGACUCAGGAAGUUGUUUGUGAUGAAUGUCCCAACGUCAAGCUGGUGAACGAGGAGCGGACGCUGGAAGUGGAGAUAGAGCCAGGGGUGAGGGAUGGCAUGGAGUAUCCCUUCAUCGGGGAAGGUGAGCCCCACGUGGAUGGGGAGCCAGGAGAUUUGCGCUUCCGAAUAAAAGUUCUUAAGCACCCAGUGUUUGAAAGGAGAGGAGAUGACUUGUAUACAAACGUGACAAUCUCGCUGGUCGAGGCACUGACAGGCUUUGAGAUGGAUAUUGCCCACUUGGAUGGGCACAAGGUUCACAUUGUGCGGGAUAAAACCACAAAACCCGGCGCCAAGCUGUGGAAGAAGGGAGAAGGUCUUCCAAACUUUGAUAACAACAACAUCAAAGGCUCCCUAAUAAUCACCUUCGACGUGGAGUUCCCCAAGGAGCAGCUGACGCCCGAGCAGCGGGAAGGUCUCAAGCAGCUGUUGAAGCAAGGAUCAGUGCAGAAGGUCUACAAUGGAUUGCAGGGAUAUUGAUGUGUGGAAAAAUUGGACUUCCCUGGAAAUGCAAAGUCAGAUUUGUUUGCGGUCUUUUCUCCUGCCCACUGUAGAAGGGGGAAGGGGGAGGGGGGGCGAUGAUUGAGCUCAUCUUUGGUUUGUAAAUUAUGGAAGUGCUCAGAGUUUGGGGAAAUACUUUUUCAGGACAUAACUGGUGCUGCCUAUCAUGUUCCACGUCCUGGAACAACAAAGAUUCCUUAAGCAGGAAAACCUAGGUGGGAAAAGGAGUUUUAAAUUCCACACAGAUUGGAAUUUCUGGUUUUUAAAUAUAUUUUGAUGUGACUUUUCUUGGCCAUCUCAACAUAUUUUCAUAGCUGCUCCUGCUUUUUACGUCCUCUGUGUAAAUUUCUUCCAAAUUCC